CUUUAAGAAGACUAAUUAAAAAUGCAACAAUGGAGAGGAGAACAAAGAAACAUAAUGAUUUGGUAGACAAAGUCCUUUUCCCCAUGGGAAACAAGAACUCUAAACAAAGUAAAAGAAAAGCUAAGACCUUUUUCAAUUAGAGUAGAGACUAUUUAUUAUAAAAUUUUCAGCUUUUGCUUUAAUUCUCCUGCUUCGAGUUUCACAGCCAACCUACAAGAACACAACAGUUUAAGCUUUUGUUGCUUUCUGCUUAAUGGAGGGUCCUUAAUCUCUCUUUCUCUCUCUUUUCACUCUUUCUCUCUCUUCUUCAAUCUCCCAAACUGUAUUCAUUUCCAUAAUUUCUGCUGCAUUUACUCUUAAUCUGAUCUUCAAUUUAUACACUUUUCCCACCAAUCUGACACUGUUUCUUCAUCUUCUUUUCCUUGAAAUUUGAGGAAUUGGGGUAAUUGGGGUUGUUUUUGGGUUUAGUUGAUUUAUAAGGAACCUACAAAGAAGUUGACUGAUGUCUCCCCCAUUGUUGGGUGUUAAAGGGGGAGCGCAAAGCAAUGAUCAUCCAUUGAUGCCUUCUUCAACAUGUGUAGAAUCAGGACUGAAAGAGCACAACUAUUUUGUGUUGUCCGAUUGUUCCUCUGUUGACAGCUCUAAUGUAUCGAGCUUGUCCGAGGAUAACAAGGAUACCCUGAACUUUAAGGCUACUGAGCUCAGACUUGGACUUCCUGGGUCUCAAUCUCCGGAAAGAGACUCCGAUCUCGGCCUAUUGAGUGCCCCAACGCUUGAUGAGAAGCCAUUGUUUCCCCUGACUCCUUUGAAGGAUGGGAUCUCCUCAUCUUCUCAAAAGGCUUCUGUCUCCGGGACCAAACGAGGCUUCUCUGACACUGAAGCCAAUUGGACAUUCAAGUCUUCAGGUCAUGAUUCUGAUGCUGCAAAACCGGGGGCUGUCCUAUCAUCGAGGCCUGGGGCCCCACAAGUCUCAAUGAAGAGUGGUGCCCAACAAGCCACUCAAAAGGGUUUGGAGCAGCUGCCACAUUCAAACAGUGGCAAUAACGCUCCGGCUGCUAAGGCACAGGUUGUUGGAUGGCCUCCUAUUCGAUCAUUUCGGAAAAAUACUAUAGCCACCGCUUCAAAGAAUACUGAUCCACUUUUUGUCAAGGUUAGCAUGGAUGGUGCUCCCUAUCUGAGAAAAGUCGAUCUCAAAACUUACUCAACUUAUCAAGAACUUUCUUCUGGCCUUGAGAAAAUGUUUAGCUGCUUCACACUAGGUCAUUUUGGAUCAAAUAUGAGUGAAACAAAUUUAAAGGAUCUUCUGCAUGGAUCAGAAUAUGUUCUCACUUAUGAGGACAAGGAUGGUGACUGGAUGCUUGUUGGAGAUGUACCAUGGGAGAUGUUCACUGAUACAUGCAAGAGAUUGAAGAUUAUGAAGGGGUCUGAUGCAAUUGGCUUAGCCCCACGAGCCAUGGAGAAAUCUAAGAGUCAAAACUAUUGAUGAAGCUGCCGACUCUUGAGAGCAGAUGAUGGCGAUCCGCUUGUUAUUUCUCAUGACGUAGUAAUCUAUGUGGUUUUGUAGGCUCAUGCAUCAAGUGCAUGGUGUCUUGUCAUAUCCUUUAAAAUCUCUGUUUAAGAAGCUUAAGAUAUAAUGUUAUGAACUUCCGUUUAGACUUCUCUAAGACAACUUGGUAAUUCUGUUUUUAUUUAAUCCAUUUGUGUGUUUGAAGAAUUUACCAAAUUGUUUCUUUAAUGAUUAGUUUAAUUGUAUUGUUAAUUGUGAUUAUGAAAAUGGUCAUUUGUGCA